UGGCAGCAACGUAGCGUCGUGUGAUUCUAGUGGUCGUGGCAUAUCCGUUGAUGUUUUGGUUUGAUAAAAUCUGGAUCUUGAUUGUUGAAUCGGUUGAUUUUGAUUGUUGACGGUCUAUUUCAACAAUCUUGGAGUGUUGUGCUUGUGGAUUUUCUGGAAGGAUUGAUUUUUAUACUGUAUUUUGUAGUAUUUAUUAAUAGAAUUAUUUUAUAACUCAGCUAUUUAUCGUUUUUAUAGUAAUCCUAGUUUUUUAAAGGUAGUGUGUAUUGAAUUUUCAACAUUUUUAACUUGUAGACAUUUCAAUUUUGUGGAACUAUUCUAGCUAUGUCAGGCCAAUGGGAAGUAGUUGGGAAAAAUCGUAAGGAUAAGAAUAAUGUGAAGAAACUAUCCAAGAGUGAGAAGAAAAAGAUUAUAGAUAAUGCUCCUAAGGUUGAAGAUUUGUUGCCUCUAUCACAAGUGAAAACGCUUUAUUCCGCCUUGGACAUCAAUAAGGAUGACGACAAUAAGCCUGCCGAGAAAUCAAUCAAAACAAAAGAGAAUGAAGCUAAGAAAGCCCAGGCAAAACAGCCCGACAAAAAGAAGGCGAAAGAACCGGUCGAGAAAGCGCCAAAAAGUUUGAAAAGUGCUGUAAAUGCGUUGACUUUGGAAAGUGUGUCGUUGGUGAUAGAGACAGGCAAGGCUCGUUUCAAGGAAGCGCCACUAGUAUGGCUAAAAAGUUUGGCUUCAUUUCUCAACCUUAAACUUCCAGUUGAACAAAAAGAAGUGACGUUCACAUCCAAAUCAUUCGAAACACCAAUGGGACUUUUGAAUCCUGAAAUACGCAACCUGAUUAAAAAGGAACUGAAAGAUGUGCCUGAGCCAAUAAUUCAAACUCUUUACGAUUAUUGUUUGACUUCGAUGGCCAACGAUAUGACAAAGGGUGGCACGAUCUGCGGCUACAAAAUGCUGCUGCAGAUAUUGGCCAUCAAUUAUCCGUCAGUCACCAUUGAGAGCUUGGAAAAGUCGUUAGCUUUGAUGAAUUCCUAUCAAAACCGGCAGGCGAUUGGCUCAUCGAUUCUAUGGGCGGUCGGACAAGGAGGCUACAAAGAUCUGUCCAUUGGUCUUCAAGUAUGGCAAGAAGUUAUGUUUCCAGUAUGCGAACUGCGAAACUAUAGUCGCUACGUGUUAGAUUACCUGAAAUGCCUGCUAGCUAGACACUCAACUAGUAAAGCUCUCAACUGUGAUCAGUUUUUCUCGAUAGUAGACGCUAUUCAUUCAACUGAUUUAAAAUUACCCAAUCCUAUAGCUUUAGAACUAAAAUCAAACACCAAGCAACUCAGGGAAAUUGCAAGCAAUCAAUGUGAUAGUUUACACGAAUAUUUUGAACUUUUAUUGGCAAGAAUGCCGGAAGCAUCAAAUCAACUUCGGGAUGAGCUCGUGAAAUUUGCUGUCACGUGCCUUUUGAACAGUCCUCGCAGCUUAACAAUUUGGAAGCAACUUUACAAAGAUAAUCUGCAGCAAUCAGCUUGGAUCCUGAAAAGCUUGAAUUCAGACUGGUCGUCGAUAAAAGAAAAAGUUCCAGAAAUAGCCAAGACGUUGUCUGGCUUCAAAAGCAUCAACGAAAACAUGAAGAAAAGCAACCAGAAGGCUGCUGGUCUUCAAGACUGUACAAUGCUCUGCGAGGCGCUUGUAAACAAGAAAAUGGCUAAAAGUAAAAAAUCGUCUGGGUUUCCAUUCUUCAAAUUGUUUUUCUUGCUCAUUGUUGGAUUGGCUGCUUUUGUAGGCUAUCAAGUCAACACCUACGGAUCAUUGAGAGCUUCACCAACUGGGAAGCUGCUCAAGGGUACUGGCGUUGUCGAAGGAGCCGAGGCCACAUGGAAGAAAAUCAGUAUUUACAGCGAUCCUAUGGUCAAAUGGACUCGAAAAAAUGGACCAGUCUACUACGAGAAAGUGAGCAAUACAACGAGUCCCUACAUUAAGAAGGGAAAAGAGUACGCACUUGUUGGCUAUAAGAAUGUCGCACAAGCAAUGAGUCAUAUUUACAGUUUUAUCGUUGAAAAACUUCCGUUCGUUGGCAAAUGGGUUGAUACUUAUGCACCAAGUAAAGCACAACUGAUGCAUGGCUUGGACCUAUUGUCCCAGUGGUCGAAAGUGUUCUUGCAAUUUGUUUUGAAGUAUGGAAUUGCAUUUGUUAAUAUUGUAGUCCAGUUCUGCGGAUCAGCUUACGAAUGGCUACUUAAAAAUGUGUUUGUAGGAGAAUUCUCGUCGGAAAAAUUACAGAAGUACGCCGUUGAAGGUCUGAACGCAACCUACAAAUUUGCCUCUCAAACAUAUCUCUGGGUCCAAGACAAAUUUAUCACGCUCUACACGUAGUAACAGUGUUCUAGCAGCUUAGCGCAAACACCAAUUCCAGAUCAUUCCAUAAAAAACAUCUCCAAUUUCCAGAAUAACUAAAAUCAUCCUCAUACUAUUAUCAUAAACUAAAUUUUAAAAACUGAAACCGACCAAGCAUCACAAUUGCAUUUAUGCAAAAUUAUCUCAAUAAACGAUUUUAACAAUUCUAUUUAUUUAUAUUGCCGUAAUAUAUACUUUCUAGACUGAUAUUUAAAUUAAUUAUUAUGUUGACUGUUUGAAUAUUUGAUGUUGCGGCUGUGUAUGAGUCCAUUCUAAUUUGUAUUUAUCAGUGUGAAUGCAAUACAGUUUAAUAUUUUA